AUGACGACUUCACGUGCCCCGUCGCAUGCGGGCAGCGACCCAGAAAACAAGCCAUCUUUCCUGCGCAAUGCAUCCAACAAGGCCUCAGAGUACCAUGCGCAGAUUCCGUACCUCAGACGACUUCCCUUCGCGGUGAUCUCCAUCAUCAUCACGCUUAUCUUCGUCAACCUGCUUGUUUGGGCGGCGGUUGGCGUUGUCCUGCACUGGCAUACGCCCCUCAUUUCCACGGCAGUACUGUCAUAUACGCUAGGAUUGCGCCAUGCCCUGGAUGCCGAUCACAUCUCGGCUAUUGAUCUAAUGACUCGCCGUCUCAUAGCGUCAAAUCAACGACCAGUUACCGUGGGAAUGUUCUUCAGCCUCGGACAUUCGACUGUAGUCAUCGCCACUUCUCUUGUAGUUGCAGGUACUGCUGCAGCUGUACGAGACAAGUUUGACAAUUUCGAGCGCGUUGGCGGCAUCAUCGGAACUUCAGUAUCUGCAGCCUUUCUUCUCCUCCUCGGACUCAUGAAUGUCUACAUUCUGUACAAGCUUAUAGUACAGAUGCGAAAGAUGAUUGCAAGUGAACCUGGGAAAGAACACGAAGAGUUCAAAAUCCAGGGCGGUGGAUGUCUAUUUCCAGUUUUGCAGAAGCUGUUCAAGUUGGUCGACCGGCCAUGGAAGAUGUAUCCACUGGGUGUUAUGUUCGGUCUCGGCUUCGACACGUCAUCUGAGAUUGCCAUUCUAGGAAUCAGCUCGAUUCAAGCAACGAAGGGAACAUCAAUAUGGCUUAUCCUAAUCUUUCCCCUUUUAUUCACGGCUGGCAUGUGUCUUUUGGAUACGACUGACGGUGCGCUGAUGAUGAGCUUGUACACGAGUACCCAGCUUGCGCGCGACCCAAUCGCAAUUUGCUACUAUAGCAUCGUGCUCACAGUCAUUACAGUCAUCGUCGCGAUCAUCAUCGGGACAGUGCAGUUUCUCAACCUCGUGCUCAAUGUCGCUUCGCCCGAAGGCAAGUUCUGGGACGGCGUCGAGAAACUGGGUGAUGCAUGGGACAUAGUCGGUGGGGCGAUUUGCGGUACCUUUAUCGUGUUCGGUGGUCUGAGCGUCCUGUUGUAUAAGCCCUGGAGACGACGCAUCGACAAGAAGAGAGUUAGCAACGCGCACUUUGAGCCGUUGUCUCAAGACCAGGAGGCCAUGGGGCCAAGUGAGGAGGACGACGUACCCGGACCAGAUACCGCGCAUACCAAAGAUGUGAAUGUGACUGUCGAGCCUAUCGAGGCUACUAAUGUUGCUGGUCCUGCGCAUCGAUAA